CCCAUCUCUGUAACCAAGGUAACUGGAAAGGAUGGUCUCGCGUGAACACGUAUCUCGAGACGAGGAGCAAAGGAGGAAAAGUGGAAAACCAAAUGAUUGAUACAUUGUAACGGCUAGCUGCCAAUGUUUUGGUCAACAUUAAGUGCUUGUUGUAGCAAAACGUGCCACAUUGUAUCUUUUUUUUUACACGCUGCGUUUUACUUCGAAGCAUGUGUUUAGAGAAGACUGACGGGACUCAAAUCCUCCGAAUCAAUAUUUAAGUUAGCUCACUGUGCUAACUUGAUAGCUAGCUUUGUUUACAUCGGCUGCGCGCGUGAAUUCUUACUACUGGCUUCAUUCGUCGUUAAUCUUUGAGCUAUAGGAGGACGGAGUUUUAAUGUUUUCCUACGAUUUUCCACACUAUGCACAAUCCCCCUAAAAUUUGUUUAUGAUGUACUAGUAGAUAUUUCGGUGCUCGUGGCACCAGCUAACUCUUAGGACCUUAGCUGGUGGGAUUUUCUAAUUCAUUGUGUGAAAAUGGAAUUAUUGAUGUGAGAGACAAACCAUAGGAGUAACGCGAGGAGUGCUUCGUCCCAACACAAGUCAUUUAAUCGUGAUCAGGUAAACUCAUGGUGCGAAAACAAUGUUAUGCUAUUGUGCAACUGGCUAUCUUUACGCUCUAACACUUCGCGCGUCACAUUUCAUUAUGCUGUAUUUCGGACUGCAGCUGUCUGCCUUCCUACACGCGGCCGGAUGACUUCGGUAUUGUUUUGGUGAGAACGGAACGGACCAAACCACGGCAGAUCAUCCCAUCCACCCUGGGACCCGUCUCAGUGCGUGGCUGGGUUUAUUCCCCCCCGGGCUCUGUUUCCCAGAGGCUGCGGUGCACAGAGAUGAACCCUGUCAAUGCAACCGCUCUGUACCUGUCCGCCAGUCGGGCCGUGUUCCAAUGUGACCCGCGGAGACCCCAGACCUUCACAGAGAUGUACAAGCUACUGCUCUUCUUCCGACAGUCCCUCGCAUGUUUGGUCUGCGGCAAACUGCUUCAAGACCCAAUUGCCCCCACACACUCGGAAUGCCAGCACUAUGUGUGCUCGGGAUGCAAAGGCCAAAAGAUGCAGAUGAAGCCACUGUGCAGCUGGUGCCGGGACUACUCCUGCUUCCAGGAGAACAAACAGCUGUCUCUGCUGGUUCAGUGCUAUAGGAAGCUGUGCUUGUACGUCACCCAAUCCCCGCUGCUGCAGCCAAUCAGCAGCCAGGUGGGCGGGUCUCCAGAGCUCUUGGCCCUGCUGGAGGAGGUUUUGUUCAUGACGGCCGAGGACUCUCUGGACACAGAGCCAGACACAGAGGAGCCCGCGCCAGUGGACGAAGCUCCCUGUGCUAUCGAGUCCCUUACCCCCACUGAAGCCCCUCCCGUACCCGCAGAGCUGUCGGCCCCGCCGCAGUGCUCCUCCUCAGAGCCCCCAUGGCCCGGUGCGCAGCAGGACUGCAACGGGACCUGCGUGGAGGAGCUGGGUCCCUCCUCCCCGGAGCUGGAGGUGUGUGAGCUGGAGGAGGAGCAGCAGCAGCCGUCCCCGGGGAGCCUCUCCGCUGCGUCCUCGGCCAGCUGUGGCGCCCCGGAGCCGGGCCACGCCCCAGGGUCGUACGCCCCCCCGCAGACCUCGGCCUGCUCCCUCCUAGACGAGGAGUCUAGCAGGGAGCUGGAGGAAGGGGAGGUUCUGCUCCUCAGCGUGGAGGAGGUCCUGCAGACGCUAGACCCCAUCCAGCCCAUCGCGGACUCGCCCGAGUCGCCGCCGGAGAGCACCCACACCCACACACACACACACGUGCACAUCCCCUCGGACAGAGGGCACACGACACAAAUGUACAUACGCUUGGACACGGGGCACAACUACACACAGAUCCAGCCGGACAGGACUCGCACGUUGGCCGGCUACGGUAGCGCUGCUCGCACGCACGCACCCGUAGCCCCCUCAGACCCGGCCCCCUGCCAUCCUCCGUUCCGACCCCACAGGAAGAGGUCUCGGUCGGAGAGCGACCGGGAGCGGGUGAAGCCUCUCCCCAUCGCCUCCAUCCUGCAGGGCGCCACCGCGCCGCCCGACAGCCCCUCCGUCCCCCAGCCCCAGCCCCACCCACACCCACACCCACACCCACAGCCGUCCAUGGCACCCUCUCACACGUACUCCUCCCUCCCCAACGGCUCCGCCCCCAAACCCAACCGCCCCUCGCCCAACUACACCAAGGGCGCCCGUAAAACCACCGUAGACCCGGCGCCCAAGAAGCCCUGCGGCAAGCCUCGCAGCAGCGGAGGCCCCAAGCCCAAGGACCAGCGAACUAAGGACCAGCGUGGCAAGGACCAGCGGCUGCCCUCGGGCUGCCUGGUCCCUGCCGUCAAGCCCCCCUACAAAAAGCCUGUGGAGAAGAAGGGCUGCAAGUGUGGCAGGGCCACCCAGAACCCCUCUGUGCUGACGUGCCGGGGGCAGCGGUGUCCGUGCUACUCCAACCGGAAGGCGUGUCUGGACUGUAUCUGCCGCGGCUGCCAGAACUCGUACAUGGCCAACGGCGAGAAGAAGCUCGAGGCCUUCGCCGUGCCGGAGAAGGCGCUGGAACAGACGCGCCUCACGCUUGGCAUCAACCUCACCAGCAUCACCGCCGCCGCCCUCCGCAACCCGGGCACCGCCACCGCCAUCCACGGGAGCCACACCCACCUCCUUAACGUCGCCACGGCAACGGGCUCCCCCAUGGCCACGGCCUACCUUGCCCCCAGCCCUCCGAAGGACCCCGCGUACAAAGACGGCCUUGAGCUGCUGAUUGGCUGAAGGUUUUUGUUUUUGUUUUUGUUUUGUGGCAGUUUAUUAUUUUUUUUUUAAACUGCUCAGCGAUGACUGAAUGUGAUGACUGUUUGGUCUGAUGGAGGGCUACGAGCCUCUUUCUUUGUCUUUGUCUCUCGCGUUCUCUGUCUGUCACUCUCUCUGUCUGUCGCUCUCUUCUGCGAGGGAUACCGACUGAGGCAGCUAUUGAUCUAAGUGUGUGUGCGUGUGCGUGUGCGUGCAUACAUGGGCGUGCCAAAGCUAGUCUUUUUUUGUAGUGUGCCUGAAUAGUGCUGUGUGUCUUGUCCUUUGGGGGCCCUCAAACACACAUGCUCACACACAAGUGGUUCCUAGUCUGUUCUGCAUUUGAGAGUGGCGUUUUUUUUUAAAGACCACAGACGUCAAUAACAAGUCUGUGUGUGCUUGUGCGUGCACCUGGACACAUGCAAAAUAGUGGGUGCAUAUCGACAAACAACAGCCUAAUCAUCUCUCUUUCACCUUUCAUACAAUCUCCAUGAACUAAAGUAUUAAUCACUGUUGGUUUCAGGUGGUCGUUAGAAUCAGGGACAGCCCUACUAAUAAUGUAUUUUCUUGUGGUUAGUUAACAUUCGGCUCACCUGUAAAACAUCUCUAUCUGUCCAGUACAUAUGCCUUCUGUAUGUUUUUAUAGCUGCCUGCCUGUAUCUCAGACACUCUACUCUCUCAAUGAAUCCUAGUACUGUUGCCAAUGAAUUGGCUUUAAUGGACUUGAUGUAGACACUGCAGGCUAGAAGAUAAGUGUUUGUCUUGCUCCGGGGUGCGUGAGUGUGUGUAUGUGAGUUUGCCUACCUGCUGAGUUUUACUGUAACGUCAAUGGGAGUGGGCACCAGGACACGAGCACUUAAAGUCUGGCAGAUUGGCCAAUUACAACCUUUCUCGGUUACCAUAGCAAUAUCGGCACCAAUGGGCUGAACCCACACUAAUGGAGCCUUCCAGCCCCUCACACAAAAACACAUCCAUGUCUGUUUACAGAGCUUCUGAGGAACCAGUACAAGCAUUGUAAUUUAUUUAUAGCUCAAUAUUACACUAUAUAUUUACAGUCAAUGUGAUAUCUGUAAUAUUACAACUCAUUUUUUCUAAGCGGAUUGUUAAAUGGUGUGUUGGUGUAUAUAUGCGUAUAGACGAAACAAAGCCAUACAAUUAACACUAUUAUUCAGAGAAAAACAUCCAUGGCCUGCUCAUGUUUGUCCCCAGUCAAAGUGUUUCGCCAUGGUGAAGGCCGUGGUAAAAAAAAUAUCUCUAUAUAUUUUUGAUACCAGUCCAGGGUGUGUGGACGCCUAUGUGUGGUUUUUGUUGAAAGCACCUUGGAUCCUCUCAUGUAACUGGGAGGGUCCAUAUCUGUCCGUUUAAUUUUCUGUGUGUGCCUGUUAUCUACUCGUGUGUGUUUGUCAUGGGGACCAAAAAGAGAUUUUAAGUGAGGUCAGAGGUCAAAAGAAAAACCUGACUUCUUCUUAAAGCCAGGAAGUAGUGGCUAGAUUUACAGUUAUGAUGCGUGUGUGUGUGUGUGUGUGUGUGUGUGUGUGUGUGUGAGAGAGCCUACACGUGUGUGUGCAAUGUGCGAUUGUGUCAAUGUGUAACUUUUGGGCAUUACUUGAACUGUAACACACGUAUUUUUAAAUGGAAUAACUGCUGUUGCUGGGGAGACUGGGCGAGAUGUUCACUGCCACAUUAUGAAAACAAUACAUCAUGAAUUAAAAUAGUAGUUUUUUA